CUAAGUUGUUGCAAAGAAUUAGAAAAGAAUAGAGGGAGCAGAUACACAUAGCACAACUACGGCAGGUGUCGGAUAGGUGAUUCGUACAAUUCAGAAUCGAAAGACAAGACCAGUUAGGAGGUAACCGAAUGACAAUACGCCAUACAGGCCAACGUAAGACUCGUGAAACCAAUGAUACACACAGUCAUAGACAGAACAGGAAGUGACUCUACACAUCACUACGUUAAAACAUAGGACUUUAGAACCUUUCACACACUUCAAGAGAAGACGUUCAUAAAACCAAACUUUUAGAAAACUGAUAUCAAGGGGGGAAAAAAGCUUUGAGUGUCAGAAAAAAAACCACUCGCCAACACCCAUCUUUCUCAUCUGGACUCCACUGAAGCACGACGUCCACGCGCAGUCUGCCCCACCCUCAGAGUACCAGAGAAUUACACGCACAGAGUGACACUUCAGUGAUAGGACAAGAUGUCGGACAAUGAAGAAAUCCAGACAGAUGAGGGGAACGAGGCACAGACACUGGAAGAGAGCUUGGAGGAGACACAGAGACUAACCACUCAGUGGAGUGUGGAGGACGAGGAGGAAGCAGCAAGAGAGCGUCGCCGGAGGGAGCGAGAAAGGCAACAACAGACAGGAGGCGACGAGCCAUCCGAAGAAAACCUGUCUGAGGAAACCUUCACCGAUAACCAUGCGUCAUUAAAACCGUCUGGUCCCUGGGAGAACGAUGAAGAUGAAGGCUUUAGUGACUGGUCUCAAAGAUUGGAGCAGAGAAAGCUGCGAGGGGCAUGUCAGGUGCCCACCGAUGAGAAUGAGGAGCCCAGGACCAUGGAGGGUGUGGAACCUCAGGGAACUAGAGAAUCAGGAGAACAAGCGAGUGAUGAUGCAAGGGUUCCAGAUCAGAGGGUGGAGGAAGAAGAGGAUGAAGAAGCAUCUCGUUCUGAAGUGACAGAGGUGAAUGAUGAGCCUGACCCUCGCACCUAUGAGAGCUAUAGCCCAGAGCCUUCUCCACAGGAGGUGCCGAUUUCUUCCAGCCAAUUGAGUGCAAGGAACUACGAGGAAGUUGAAGAAAAGCCAGAGGCACAGGAAGCCACGGUGGGCUACAGUGAGAGGGAUCAAGAAGGCGGAACCUGGGAGACCCCUAAGCAGGAGGUCCAUGCACUGCCCAGCGAUCGGUGGGAGGAGGAGGAAGAGAAUCGCCGCAGAUUAUCAGUGAGCAGUAAUGGAGAGGAGUGCGAUGAAACCAUUGCAACAACAGUGAAGGUAACCGAGAUUGCAGAGAAUCUCAACCGCUCCAUUCAGAAGAGUAACAGUAUAAAGAAGAGUGAGCCUCCUCUCCCAAUCAGCAAGAUUGAUGAUCGUCUUGAACAGUACACGCAUGCUAUAGAGACAUCUGCUAAACCAGCACGAUUGGUUCGUCAGCCAUCUUUAGAACUCAUAGCUCCUGGAGAUGCUGUGUCAAACAAGAAGAAUCGCUGGGAGACCGGGGAGGUGACUACCGCAGCCAAAAUGGCCCCCUGCAAGGAUACAGAGGGGAUCAACAUCGGUGUGUCUGACCUGAUCAACCAGUGGGGAAAAGGAAAGUGUGAGCCUGACGGUGCUCAGUCACCUCCCAGACCAUUGGAAGUGAAGCCCGGUGAUGUUCUAAGCAAGAAGAGUCUGUGGGAGCAGGGCCCUAAAUCAAGGGAAUCUGAUAAGAAUACAUCUAAUAAGAAGUACAAGUUUGUAUCCACCGGACAUGGAAAAUACGAGAAGAUUUUGGUGGAUGAGCCCUGAGAAUCCUGGGGUGGUAACUGGAAUCUAUCACCUAUCAGAAGAACCUGCAGACGCUCAUCUGCCCAACCCAACGUAUUGUAUUGCGGACCCUUGUCUCUUGCUGAAGGGGUUAACUGUGAAUACUGAAGCCAUGCUGCCUUAACCUAACCCUGCCUUCUUGAACCUCCUCUCCCUGGCUUACACUCCGCAAACAUUGAGGGCUAUGUAAUCCAGUUGUCCAAAAGAGCUGCAAAUUGCUGCUAUGCAACCACCUAUAUACAUAUAUGAUAAGUUGCCUAAAUCGGUGCUUAGUGUAAGCUGCAUUUUCACUCAGUGAUGCAAAUUUUAUAUCUGGGUGGGAAAAAAUAAAUAUGUGCUAAUAUAAAGGCUGAUUUACUAAUACAAUCUCCAGUUGGGAACGCGUUGAAAGUAUCCUGUCAUUGUUUAACUCUUUGCUUGCUAAAAGGAGACAAUGGAUUACUUAGUUCUUUAUAGCAACCAUAAAGUUAAUACAUUGCAUAGAGAAAGCCACUCAUUGUUGGAUUUAAAAUCAUGACAUUGCCUGAUGAUACCUUUUACCUAAUGACCCUCAGUCUCUCAAUUGUUUUUUAACUUUUUUAUAUGCUUUAUAAAUAAAGUAGAUCAGUUCUAAUAA